UUGCAAUUUUAGCUCUGUUCAUGGCUCUUUGUUUGUAUCUGUCAAGAAGGUCGCAGUUUUUGAUAUAAUUUAGCUUAAUCUUUAAAGUUAUGUAAUUAUUUCAAUUCAGGAGUUUUUGUAUUCAAUAUAAUAGUGAUGAGUUUUAGAAAAUUAGGGAAUAUAUCUCAAGUAGAUUGGUUCAAACAAUCUCCAAAAAUUUGAAUGGUGACAUCAAUCUUGAACUAUCAGAAAACAACUUCACGCGUAGAUAAAAUAUCGUGGAGAUUUUUUGAAAAAUGGCUCUUACAAAUGUGCUUCUUAUUAGUCAAAUAGCUGCUUAUGUUAUAGCAUUUAUUCUUUCGUUAUGUAUUACAAUUCCUAUGAGUCUACAUCAGGAUGAGUUCAGAGGUCAUUGCCUUCUGUUCUCGACCGGCGUUUGGCAGGAAACAGACGGGCAAUUCCUGGUUAGCUGGGCAUCACAAGCUUACUGCAACUACACCAUAUUCGUCGGCGUUGUACUGCUAGUCGUCUCUGCCAUUCAAAUCUACCGAAUGUCGGUCUACAUUUACAAAGGCAUCGACAGCUCGUUUCUGUCAGCAUUUGUUGAUGUUGUUGCCAGCAUAUUUCUAUGCGGCAUGACAGUGAUAGCUGCACUCAUAAUCACUCUCGGCUUUAUGGUGUGGUGUCACGAUAUGACCGAACGCUUUCCUUCGUGUGAAAUAGCAGCUGGACAGUCGAUAGAUAGACUGGAUGGAAUAGAUACGUCGAAUUUCUACAUUGAAUUGGGCGCUGCACAGUUUGGCGCAUGGGCUUCAAUGGCCUGCUGGGUGGGACUGUCAGUGUUUGCCAUGCUGAAGCUAUGCCGCUAUCACCAGCUGGAGAAUAUGAGAGUGAGCAUGUUCAGAGAGAGACAGCGACUGAUCAACGAGGGCAUGAGUGGCAGUGGUGGGGGUGGCCAGGGCGGUGGAGGGGGUGGAGUCAAGUGCGGCGAUGUGGGUGGAGCCAACGGAGCUGCACAUGACAACAAGGCGCACAACAGUGGUGGGGGAAACGGUGAGGAGCCUAGGGCUGUAUGAGUGUAGAAGGGGCGGAGCCUAGGGCGGUACAAGUGUAGAGGGGGCGGAGCUAGUGCAAGGCACACAGCAGUGGUUGGAGGGGAGGAGCCUUGGGUGGUAUGAGCUUAAAGGGGCGGAGCCAGUGAGAAAGCCACACAGCAGUGGUGGGGAGGAGGAGCCUAGAUCACUCUGAGUGUAGAGUGUAGUCAAAAAGUGAUCUAGUGUGCAGACACUAUAAUAGUGGAGGAGGAGCCAUGGAAAAGUCGGAUUUAUUGGGGGGGGGGAGUGUUUGCUGAGAGUCAUGCCCACAUAAUCUCUAGACUUGUGCUUGGGUGAAUAUUGGAGUUGUUGCGUAUUUUGAAUAUCUGAGGAUCUCUGUACUACCGUACAUUGUGGAGGGUGAAAAUCGUGGCUAGUGUUUGAUUGAAGGUGAAAUUGAUUAAUUUAAAUAAUAGUAGAAUUUCCCCAUAUUUUAUUUGUUGAAUUGAGCAACUUCAUAAUAUUAUUCUUUCUCGAUAAGGCAAGGAAUGAACAACUUUCGGAAGCAGCUGAGGGUAAGAUUUACACACACUAGACAAGCACUGUAUAUUAUUAUUAUUAUCAAAAUUAAUCGUAAAAUUGUGUUACCUAUAUUUUUUGAAACAUUAUUUUGCUUAAUUUUGGAGCUGGACUCAAGUGGCUAGCAACUGUCAAAUAUUAUGAAACUGUACAGGUGCUAUAUACAAGGGUCAUUUUUUCAACCUCCGAUCUCAUAUCAUAAGGCACAGACAAGUGGUAGAUUUUCACAGAGUUAUCGGAUGGGCACGUUAACUGUCGGUCCCGGUUGAAGUAUGACCCAGUCGUAAGGCCCAUUGACGGUUCAAAUGAUAUGUUCAGGCGGUGGGACCAUCCCGCAACGGACUCCUCACCAACAAAAGCCAUACGAAUUUACUUUUUUCACAGAGCUGAACAGCUUUUAUCAUCCUCACCAAACGCCCUGUGAUCGGUGCGGCCAGAUCUUCAAUAAUUGUUGUCGAGUUAUAAGCCCACAAACAUGGCCUCCUUACUUGAGUCUUCCGCCAAGUGCUAUUUGCAUAGUGUUAUUAGUUUUUGUUGGCAAAAUGCAAUAAUUCAUCACAUAUCUAACGAAAAAUGAUUCAAGUUUACGCAGAAAAUGUUAUGGGUGAUGAUGUUGUGCGUGAAUGGAAUCGGAGAAUGAAAGCCGUCUGUUGAAAUGAAUUCCAAAAUCGUCGUGAUGCAUGACAACUCGGACUCACAGUGCUAGUGUAGCCAAACGGCUUCUCCAGCAAAUCAAAUGGGAUAAUUUCGAUCACCCAUCAUACAAACCUGACUUGGCCGUUAGUAACCUAUACCUUUUUCACAAACUCAAGCCAUGACUUUGAGGACAGAGCUUGAAUACUCAAACUUUGAAGGCAGAGCUUCCAUACUAACGAGGAACUCUAAAACAACGUCCUAGCUCACUUGAACUCAUUUGGCGACAACAUUUCAUGAAGAGGGUUUUGGUAGGCUGGUCCUCUGGUAUGAAAAAUGCCUCAACCUUCACGGUAAUUGAAGAAUAAUCAUAAGUGUAAGUAACUUUUGGUGAAAAAAUUAUUCUUUUAUAUGUACAUUCGUCAUCUAUGUAUGACCAUUCGGAGAUUGAAAAAAUGACCCAUGUAUUUAAAUAUUAUUCGAAUUAGAAUAAAAUAUUCAAUACUUAGUGCCAGUUAACAAGAUUGCCAAGAGUGAACAACUGAAUGGUAAGUUUUAAAGAAACGGCUUAUUUGUUAAUUGAAGAUUUAGAAGAUAACGACAUUUUGAAAAUGUCAAGAUACCACGACUUAAUACACAUAUAGUCCCGGUUGCACAAAAGCCGGUUAAAUUUUAAUCGUGAUUAAUUCCACGAGAACCAGUCAGAGAAGCCGUCUUUUCAAAAAAGCUUUCUCCGAUUGGUUCUCGUGAAAUUAAUCACGGUUAAAAUUUAACGGUCUUUGGGGCAACCGGGCCAUACUAUGCUACUAGGCUAGGGCCACACGAGCGCACAUAGUGCGUCCGUUGCAACUUACGUUUUGCGGCCGUCGCCAAUGACACCACACGAGUGUUGAGUGUGGUGUGUCAACGUCAGUUGGCUUUACGCAAUUGAACCAGACGAAGCAAUAACUUUUGCAUGUCUCAACGUGCGUUGUAGCACGGCAUAUAGAAGAUGACGGUAGGUGUCAUGCGCAUGUUUGUGCUAAAUUUCCGGUGUAGCUGAUGUCAUUUUAUAUCCAAUCAUCUGUUUUUAACAAAUAAGAUGCAUAAAUUGUCAAUAUGUGUUAAAAACCUCGGUUGGUGGCGAUGACGCAAUCUAGAUCGCUGGCCACGGCGCACACAUUUCGUGACCCCUACCGUUUUCAUCUAAAUACCGUGCGUUGUAGCAUUUCUGCGCAGUUCAAAAAUCACCGUCCGGUACGACUUCCGUUACUUGGUACGCACGUACCUCGUGUGUUGUCACCAAUUCACUUCUAUGUAUCUCUACAACGGACGUCUAAAAGUAAGUUGCAACGGACGCACUUUGUGCGCUCGUGUGGCCCUAGCCUAAGAGUGUGCACAUCUUGGUCAGCUGUUUCUGAUUUAUACGUUCUUAUGAAACUGGCCUUAGAUACUACCUCCGUGUUCACGGAGGUAGUGCCUUAGAGCGUUCUAAUAGAAUUCCCAGUUUCACCAAGCCGGUCAAGACAUUCUGGACCUUCUUUUUUAAGGUUGUCCUUUUUUAUGAGUGGUCCUUUUUUAUGUGUGGUCCUGACACAUUUGAACAUGGUCAAAUGGGGAGAGUUUAAAAUGGGUGCACUAACAUAAAUUAUUUCUGUGGCUACAGUUACUCAACGUUAGUAGACAGUCUACUAACUUUGAUAGUUACUACAGAUAACUCCAGUUCACUCCUGUAAAGCUUACUCAGUUUGAUCAUGUUCAAACAUAUUUGAUCUAAUGUAUUGACCGAACAGAACGGUCAGGUCGAUAUGUAGAUU